UCCUAAACCUUUUUUUCUGUGUCGCAGCUGAUCUGCGUUUCGGUUCUCAAAAGAUUUCCCAAUCUCCACCAGUUAUUAAGAAAAGAGAGAGAGAGAGAGUUAUGUUGGAGAAUGAGGCAAACCCGACUCUUAGCAAGUCAACUGGUCUGCCCCGAAAGCGUUUCUACCGAGCUAGAGCACACAGCAACCCUCUCAGUGACUCCCACUUUCCCAUACCAAUCUCCCCCCAUCAUGUGGACUAUUCUCUUCACUAUCCACAAUUCUUUCCGUCGCCGGAUCAAACUGAUAGCUCCAAGAAGAUCCAAUUUGCAGAUAUCGGUUGUGGAUUCGGGGGGCUUCUAAUCAGUCUUGCCACCCUUUUCCCCGAAACUCUGAUGAUAGGAAUGGAGCUUAGGGAUAAAGUUACAGAGUACGUCAAAGAAAGGAUUCUAGCUUUAAGGACUGCAAAUCCAGGUCAAUACCAAAAUGUAUCGGUGGUUCGGACAAAUUCAAUGAAGUACAUUCCGAAUUACUUCGAGAAAGGACAGCUUUCAAAGAUGUUUUUCUUGUUCCCGGAUCCUCACUUCAAGGAGAAGAAUCACCGCCGUCGGGUGAUCAGUCGUUUCUUGCUGGAUGAGUAUGCUUAUGUUCUACAAGUUGGUGCGGUUAUAUACACUAUAACGGAUGUUGAAGAACUUGGAGAGUGGAUGAAGACUUGUUUAAAGGAGCACCCCAUGUUUGAAGCCCUCACAUCCCAAGAGCUCGAAGCGGAUCCAGUUGUCAAGCUCUUGAGUUCGGCGACCGAGGAAGGACAGAAAGUUGCUAGAAAUGGAGGACAGACUUUCCGAGCAGUCUACAGGCGUAUUGCUCCAUCCUUAUGAUGCAACAAUACUUUCGCUGCUGUCCUUUUGAAUUUUUGAUGAUUAGCUUAGUACUUUUAGUGCAUUGGUAUUGAAUAUUUUCUAAUUGACUUAAGAUUUUGCUAAAUUAUCUUACAUCUCAAUCGUCGGGUUAAGAUCUCGGGCAAAACAACUGAAAUUUCGUAGUUCUAUUGGUUAUUGUGACAUUGAAGUUUUUCUUUGCUGAGUUGUUAAGAGUGCAAUUGGCAUAAUGGCAUUGUACUUUAGUUAUGGGCA